AUGGGGAGCACUCAGGUUCAGCCUCCAGAGAAACCCUUCUGUGAUUUGGACAGCCCGGGCCGUGAGGGGCUGCUGGUGGUUCAGCUUUACUUGAUGCCCUCUUUCUUCUUGGGGGUGCUGAUCUUAGGGCUGCCCCUCAACCUGCUCUCCCUCUGGAUCUUCUUUCACCGCCUCAAGCGUUGGACCCGCAGCGCUGUUCUCCUCUUCAAUCUAUCCCUGGCUGACACCUCUUGGCUGCUGGCCCUGCCUUUUCUCGUCAAUUUUCAUCUGGACCAUCUGCACUGGCGCUUAGGUUUGCCCCUGUGUAAGGCUGUGAGACUGCUGUACCACAACUACUUCUAUCUCAGCAUCUUCUUUGUCACCUGCAUCAGCAUGGACCGCUACCUGGCCAUUGUUCACCCACUGCGCUCCCUGGCUCUGCUUGGCCGUCGCAAGACCGGCCUACUGUGUGUGAUGGUCUGGGUGGUCGCCUUCAUCCUCAGCAUACCUGUCGCCAGUAUGACUCUGACGCAGUCGUGCCCGCGUGACAACCGCACGAUUUGUACCCUGUAUGUGAUCCUAGAGGAGACUGGACGGAGUCUGCCCUACACGCUCGUCUGCACCAUCGGUGGCUUCCUCUUUCCUCUGGUUUCCAUUUGCUACUGCUAUGUGCGCAGUGUCAAAGAGUUGCGCUGCCGCCCCUGUCAACCCCAGCCAUACAACAAAUGGCGGCGUCUGGUGCGGGUGCUGAGCGCGGCGCUCAUCCUCUUCGCCCUGUUCUACCUGCCCUACCACCUCAGCCGUAAUGCCACCAUUGUGAUACGGGCCAUCUACCCUGACAGCCCAUCCUCCUGGCAGCUCGCUGACCUGAUCUUUGCCCUGGAAAUGUGCUUCUGCAGCCUCAGCACAUGCGUCAACCCUCUGUUCAGUUGCUUCAUAGGUCACCAGUUUAAGAGGGAGUUUCAGCGUAUUUGUUUUGCUCUGUUUCCUCAGUGUCCACGUAUGGCGCGAGCUCGAGUCUUAUCUAGACGAGAACAAAGGACAGCAGAGCAGAGGCGUGAGAUGACUAAAGUCACUCCUCUGUAA